UGCAGGCCUGACUCUCGCCUAACGUCACCGGCCUCCCGUCUUCGCCUCUUACCCGCCAGCUUGUCUGGGCCUCUGUGAGGGGGCGUGGCGUCUGCGCGAUCGUGACGCCCAUUGGCUGUCGUGUGGCCGGUGAGGCGUGGCUACGGGAGCCGGGCGGGCACAUUUCGAACCGUGGCUGGGGCUGCGGUGGCGGCGGCGGCAGCGAAAAAUGCACCCGGCGGGCUUGGCGGCGGCGGGGACGCCCCGGCAGCGUAAGUGGCCCUCAAAGCGGAGGGUACCUGUGUCCCAGCCAGGCAUGGCUGACCCCCACCAGCUUUUUGAUGACACGAGUUCGGCCCAGAGCCGAGGCUAUGGGGCCCAGCGGGCGCCUGGCGGCCUGGGCUACCCUACAGCCUCCGCCUCGCCCCAGUCGGCCUUCCUGGGUGAUCCUGUGUCCAACAUGGCCAUGGCCUACGGGAGCAGCCUAGCCGCGCAGGGCAAGGAGCUGGUGGAUAAGAACGUGAGUGGGCCGGGCUGGUGGGUGUGGGGGCAGGUAGGGGCCUUGGGGCCAGGGCUUCAGGUUGGCGCUCUGCCUCCCCAGAUCGACCGCUUCAUCCCCGUCACCAAGCUCAAGUAUUACUUUGCUGUGGACACCAUGUAUGUGGGCAAAAAGCUGGGUCUGCUCUUCUUCCCCUACCUGCACCAGGACUGGGAGGUGCAGUACCAGCAGGACACACCAGUGGCCCCGCGCUUUGAUGUCAACGCUCCUGACCUCUACAUUCCAGCCAUGGCUUUCAUCACCUACGUCUUGGUGGCUGGCCUGGCGCUGGGGACCCAGGAUAGGUUCUCCCCAGACCUCCUGGGGCUGCAGGCGAGCUCGGCGUUGGCCUGGCUGACACUGGAGGUGCUGGCCAUCCUGCUCAGCCUCUACCUUGUCACUGUCAACACAGACCUCACCACUAUCGACCUGGUGGCCUUCUUGGGCUACAAAUAUGUUGGGAUGAUUGGUGGGGUCCUCAUGGGCCUGCUCUUUGGAAAGAUUGGCUACUACCUGGUGCUGGGCUGGUGCUGUGUGUCCAUCUUUGUGUUCAUGAUCCGGACGCUGCGGCUGAAGAUCCUGGCCGAGGCGGCGGCCGAGGGCAUCCCGGUGCGUGGGGCGCGGAACCAGCUGCGCAUGUACCUGACCAUGGCCGUGGCGGCGGCGCAGCCCCUGCUCAUGUACUGGCUCACCUUCCACCUGGUGCGGUGAGGGCGGCCCCACAACGCCUCCAGCUGCUGCUUCCGGUGGCCACCGCGCUGCUGCGCUCAUCUCCCGGCCACCUGCCGGCCACAGGGUCCACCCCGCCGCCCGAGUCCCUCCCUCCCCAUCCUCGCCGAGGUGCUGAGAUCUCCAGCUGCACAGGCCGCCCCCCAGCAGUGCGGCCACUGUUCCAGAAACAAUAAACCGUAAUGGGCACGG